AUGUACGACGCGUCUCAGUCACAGACUGGAAACAUCUCGCUGGCCAACCUCCGCAAGGUGGUGGCCGAGGAAGUGAAGGCAGCCGUUAAUGGAGCCGGGACCCAGGACAAAGGAACCUGGGCCGCAGUGGCCGCUCACAGGGCUGUCCCCCCUCAGUCACAACCCAACACCCCGACAAAGAUAGUGCCGACCCGCAUAAAUAAGGAGAUCCUAGUUAGAGGCAGAGGAAUGCCAGCCGAUCUCGCGAAGCGCACGCCGCAAGAAACCAUCCAGGCGGUCAACCAAGUGUCAGUCAAGAAGGGAGCAGUCGCAGCCCGAAGGCUCCCCAGCGGCGACACAAUCGUCACAUUCCAGAGCGCAGGCGGCAUAGAGACUGGCAGCUUCGACGAAUCACCAAACUGGAUCAAGGGAGGCUUUUGGAGAGCAAGGCUGAAAGAAGAGCAAGAAGAACCUUUUGCAGUGCUGCUGAUAAGGCGUGUGGAAGAAAGAACCUCCAAGAGGGUCUACCGAGGAGGGAGGAAGGCGACCCGAAGCAACGGUUGCUGGUCGCUUCUAACCUCCCAGGAGGAAGCACGCAAGGCGUGUGACGAGGGAGUGAUCUGGAGGGCUCAGCUACUGGACUGCGAGCCUUACUGGGCUGCCCUCAGUCCAACGCAGUGCUACAAGUGCUGGAAGUGGGGGCACACGCAGCACUAUUGCAAGGCGACUCCAUUGUGCCCGCGUUGCGGGACCAAAGCCCAUGGAGAGGGCGGCAGGGAAGGCGAGGCCCAGUGCCCUACUCACAAAAACGAAAUUUCGCUACGGUGCCCGGCCUGCGGAGGAAGACAUCCGGCGUGGUCAGGAGAGUGCCCGGAGAAGUCGAAGGUCCUCGCGAAGGCCAAGGAGGCCUACCAAUUCCGACCACGGACAUACGAGACCGCAACCACGAUCUCUGCCAUCACGACUCACACGAGCGCCCCCACGUUUAGCUUCGGUGCUGAAGAGAGGGAGGACGACAGCUACCAGGUGGUAGGCAGGACGAGGCUGAGAGGAAGGUCGACGAAUGUGGCUGCAACCCAACGUCAGGCUCUCUUAGACCCCCAGCAGACCAGGAUCGACUUCGAGGCACCGAGGGUGCGAUUCGCAAGCCCGGUAGUCAGCGGUGUCGACACCACCGCCCCGCCGCCCCGAGCGCCCGAGCCGGCUACCGGACCAACGCCUACCGCCGCCGCCAACCCUGCGGUCACUGCCACUCCGGACCAACGAGACGCCGAGGGAGACACCACGAUGGACUCGAUCACCCAAACACUGGAAGUCUUGCUGGAAGAGGCCAAAUAUGACCUCUUGGCGGUGCAAGAACCGUGGAUCAACAAGGCGACAAAAUCCACAUACUGCCCCCGGAGCAGCAGAUACCACCUGGUACAUAAGCUCGAGGGGCGGGCGGCAAUAUAUGUAAGCAAAAGAUUUGAAAUCAGGCAGUGGGACUCCGAAGCCACGGAGAAUUGGUGCCGCGUGUGGUUCCCAGAGGCGGACCUCGGAGGGGAAAGCCGCGGAUUCGAGCUUUGGUCCGUAUACAACCCCCCCGCCGGCGAGAACGUACCGAGAGCCCUCCAAGGGCGGCCAAGACCAAGCCACCCGGUGGUUUUGGCAGGAGACUUCAACCUAAAGAACCCACUGUGGGACGGGUUCGGACGCUACGACAGGAAAUCCGAAGACCUAUUGCAGCUGGGUUCCCUGUGGGACCUCACCAUCAGGACUCCAAGGGGAGCGACAACGCGAGCUCCCCAGGGGCGACAGCGAGGCCGCCCGUCAACCAUCGACCACUUCUGGACUUCGGAAAACCCCCAAACAGUAUACUACGGGGAAGAGUGUCGUGGAAAGUCAGACCACUACCCACAAGUGCUCGAGGUCGGGGAAGGGCAUGGGCCGAGGCCAACCCAACCGGAUGGCUGGGCCUGGAAGAAGAUGGACAGGGAGAGGGUGAAGGCUGAAUCAGAGUUGCUAUGCAAGGUCAUGGGGCUCGCGGACCCGGGACCGGACGGACUACCGGCCAAAACCCGGACAGUCGAGGGUCUUGACAAAGCUUUCGAUAGCCUGGUCGAGUGGCUCACCUGGGUCGCGAAGGAAAGCACUCCACGGAAGAAGGCGAGCUGCGGCUACAGCUCCCCCUGGUGGACUGUGGAGGUGCAGCAGGCCGCCCGGGAGGCCAGAAGGGCCGAGAGGCUGGCGAAGGAGACCCGGGCAGAGUACUGCUGGGAGGAGCUUAGCGAAAGACUCAAGGACCUUGCUAGAACAACGCGCGAAGCGCGGACUAGGGCUUGGAGGAACAGCCUACAGGAAGCAAGCGAGGCAAAGAAGCCCGAUCAGAUGUGGAGCUUGGAAAGAUGGGCUAGGUUGCGGAGCUUUUUGCCGCCAGAACCACCGAGGCUGCCGGAAUUUAAGGACUCUUCCGGACAGGUAACGGCCGAAACGCACGACCAGAAGGCCAGCGCGCUGGCUGAGAGGUUCUUCCCGGACCCACCGGCCAACCUGACGGACGUGGAAGACCAAGCCUUUUUGGGCAGCUGGAACCCGGGCUUCGACGUCGUACAGGCAGUGACGCCGAUCGAGAUCACGGAGGCGAUGGGAAGAGCAAGCCCCUGGAAGGCGCCAGGCGAGGAUUUGCUCCCGAUGGGCCUUCUGAAGGCGUGCGGAGCACCGUUAGCUGAAGUGCUGGCCCUUCUGGCGACAAGGUGCCUGGAGCUAGGAUGGUUCCCGAGCCGUUUCAAGAGGGCGAAGACUGUAGUACUACCGAAACCAGGAAAGGCUCCGCCGGCGUAUCAGACCCCGGGGGGAUACAGGCCCAUUGCUCUGUUGCCAACCCUGGGGAAGGUAAUAGAGUCAGUGGUCGCCAGGAAGGUCACUCAAGCUGCAGAAGUCAACGGCCUCCUACCAGAUGAACAAAUGGGGAACAGGGCACACCGCUCUACAGAGCUGGCUGUCCGGCUAGUAGUAGCUCAGGUCCAGGAGGCGUGGAGACAGAAGGGUGCGGCAUCCCUAUUGCAACUGGACAUCUCAGGAGCCUUUGACACGGUCAACCAUACCCGACUGCUAGCAACUUUGCGAGAAAUGGGCUUCCCGAGGUGGCUGGUCCUCUGGACGAGGGAUUGGUUGACCGGUCGAGAGGCCACCCUUCUUUUCGACGGCAAGACGGCGGCGCCGACGGCAAUUCGGGCAGGGGUCCUCCAAGGCUCACCCCUUUCCCCUGUUCUCUUCAUCCUCUACAUUUCCUCAUUAUACAAGCAGCUAAAAGACGAGCAGCCUCACUUGGCUAUAACAGGGUUUGCGGAUGACACCAACCUUCUAGUAUUUGGUCGAAACCCCGAAGCCAAUGUCCGGCAACUAGAGGCGGCGUGGGAAACGUGUAUACGAUGGGCGGACAGUCGGGGGAUGAAGUUCGCCCCGGAAAAGAGCGAACUCAUCCAUUUCAACAAAGGGCGACGGCAGUGGACCGAACAGGUAAACCUUGCCAACCCAGGGGGAGGCACUAGCCCCGUUAAACCAGAAGAGUCUGCCAGGUUCCUGGGGGUCUGGUUGGACUGGAAACUCAACUGGAAGGCUCACCUGGUGGCGGUGGAGAAGAAGCUGAGGACCCAGAGCUAUGCCCUGUCGAGGAUCGUGGCAAAGACAUGGGGAAUGGGGCUAGCCAAAGCGCGAGAAGUGUACACAAAGUGCAUCCGGUCGGCGCUGGCCUAUGGCGCAUCAUCGUUUCACAUCCCCACGGAUGUGGGAGGCGAGCCGGUAAAGAAAGGCAUCACUAAGGCCCUCGGGAAGGCCCAGAACAAGAGCUUGCGGAUUGUGGCGGGAGCCUUUAAGUCUACCCCCAUCCGUAACCUCGAGACAGAGACAUGGGUACCACCAUUGGACUUGUACCUAAACAAACGGCUUGCAGAUUUCGAAACCCGACUCCAACGACCCGAUCUGGACGACGGUCGAGGCGGCAAGAAGACGGCGGCGAGCGUUGUCCUCACCGCCUGCCGCAAGAUACAGCAGAGACUUAGCUCGAGGAGGGGCAACAGGGGCCGACCGCGAACCUUGGGACCUCAAGGGCCUACGGCGGUGGAGAGAGCCGCGGGUACGGUCAUGCGCCGGACGGGGGGGACCGUUGAUACGAACAGGGUAGUAGAAGAGGCUUGGAAAGCGAGGUGGUUAAAGGAACGGGACGGCAGAGCGAUCACCAGGCCGGCGGACGACUUUGACCAUCAGCAGGAGACGCUAUUCCGGAACGGAACCCUUAGGAGGCACGACGGUCUCAGCAAGGCGAAGAGCUGGUUCAAAUCCGGACGGGAGCAAUAG